AUGAAAAAUUUAAGAAGAAACUACCCAUUUAAAAUGAAUGAUGAUAAUGGAUAUUUAACACAAUUAUUUUCAGAGAGUAAUUAUAUAUCUUGUACCUUUAUCCUUGAUUCAAGUGGAUCUGUUGGUAAUGAAGGUUUUAAGUACGCAAAGAUGGUUAUCACCAGUUUUUGUGAUAAGUUGGAUCCUCAAAUGUAUAUCAGAAUAAUAAAUUUUUCUUCUGAUAGUAAGGUGCAUUUGGAAUUUACCAAGAUUAGAAAUGAAAUUUCUAAAUCCAUUGAAAAUCUUGUUUUCAUGAGUGGUGGAACUGAAAUGAAAAAGGCAUUUAUUCAAACUCAUGACGGUUUAUUUUCUGUAAGCUAUGGUAAGAAUUUAAUUGUAUUAAUUACUGAUGGUGAGCCUACAGAUGAUCCAAGUAGUGCAAUAAGAACACUUUUAAAAGAGAAUGUUGAUAUUUUGUUGAUUGGAGUUGGAUCAAUCAAAAGACAAUUUUUUGAAAAGAAUUUCCCAAAACAAAAAUCAUUAAUGUUCCAAACAUAUAGUGAAUUAUAUAAGUUUGUGGAUUCUGUUACUGGAAACAAAAAACCAACAUUACCAUUUAUCAUUAAAUUCUCACCAAAUUCUCCAUCUUAUCAAAAAUCCAAUGAACCUUUAAAAUUAAAGGUUGAGGUGACAGUUGUUGACAACAACCUUCAAAUUCCAGCAAAUCAACUCAAAAUAGAAAUAUUACCCAAUAGAUAUUACUCAAAGAAUGAGAUAGUUUUUGAUAGUAAACUUGAAUAUGAAAAAUGUGUUAUGAAGGAUUUCAAAUUAUACUUAACCCAGGAAGCCACUAAUGGUACAGUUCAACUCCCUCCUUCAAUUCUAUUUAAAGUUAAUUUCAAGGAUUUAACUUUAUGGGUUAUUGGGGAUUUGAUUACCCAAGAGGAGAUAAAUAUUGGUGUAAAUGGAAGAAUUGGAGUUGGAAAAUCUACCACUCUUCAGUCUUUGUGUAAUCUUUUCAUUGGAGGAACCAGUAUUUUUGAUUGUAGUUUCAAAAUGGCAAAAUUAGAAACCCAUGUAACAACCAACUUUCAGAAAAUACAUAUUUCAAAUAUUUUAUCAAAUCUCAGUAUUUCCAAAACUCCAAUAAUCCAAGAAGUUAUUAAAAACAUUCAGAUAAAUCUUUGUGACAAAUGGGGUGUCACUACCAAAAGUCCAUUUAAUAUUAAACAUGCCACAGAGGGUCGUUAUUCACAUGGUACUUCUAUGACUGAAGCUGAUGUGUCCAACGUUGCACCUAAUGAAGAAGAUGCAGUUCAUGCCUUCAUUUACAUCUUCCCAAUUACCUCAGUUGAGAGCGAAGAUGAUCUCAAGUUUUUGGUUCAAAACUUGUCUGAAACUAUUGCAGCUGGUAUAACAACUGUGAUAGCAAUCAAUCAUAUCGAUGAGCUCUCAGAAGAAGAGAGAAAGAUUAUCCAAAAGAUCUAUGCAAUUAAAGGAAUAGAAAAAAAGAAUAUCUUUGAAAUCUAUCCUUAUAUUGAAGGAGAGAAUCAAAGAGAUCCAAGAAAAGAUAGAGUUUUGACCAUUGGACAAGAAACCCUGUCAAGUAGAAGAAUCCAGAAUAACAAAUUCAUUUCACCAGCAAAACUGAGACAAUUGGAGGCAAAAAAACUAGCAGAAGCUAAAAAAGAAACUGAAAUAGUUACUCAUACACCACAACCUUCCACAGUUGUUUCACAACAAUCUACAUCUUCAUUUGUUUCACAGCCACCUUCAUCUACUGUUGUUUCACCACAACCUUCAACAUCUUUAGUCGUAUCAACACCCACCGAAACAUUAUCUUCUGUUGAAUCAACACCACAAUUCCAUUCUCCAAGUAACAUCACACAACCAAUGUCCAAAUUAAAUAUUGAAGAGAAAACAACUAAACAAUUAAUUAAUGUCAAAGUCUCAUUCCAGAAUGAAAUAUCAGAACUUCCCGUGUAUAAUGAUGAUUCCUGUUUAUCUCUUCGAGAAUCUAUUGCAGAGAUUUAUGAUUUAGAUCAAAAAGAAUUUACUUUUAAAUCUUCUGGAAACAAGAUGAUUCUUCCACGUGACAACAUCAUGUUACAUCAAAUUGGUAUUGAUUUUGACAAAGAUGUUAUCUUUGUAACUGAAAAGAAAACAAGAAUUUAA